GCCCAGAGCCCCAAACCCGGAUUAAGCUGUAAAAUGGUCCUGCAGGCGGUGGGCAAGGUGCUGCGGAAGUCCAAGGGAAAGCCAAAUGGUAAAAAGCCAGCACCAGAAGAGAAGAAACUUUACCUAGAGCCAGAAUACACAAAAUCCAGAAUUACUGACUUUGAAUUUAAAGAGCUAGUGAUGUUACCACGAGAAAUAGACCUCAACGAGUGGCUAGCCAGCAACACAACAACUUUCUUUCAUCACAUCAACUUACAGUAUAGUACAAUCUCAGAAUUCUGUACAGGAGAGUCAUGUCAGACCAUGGCAGUGUGCAAUACACAGUACUACUGGUAUGAUGAGCGGGGAAAGAAGAUCAAGUGCACUGCUCCUCAGUAUGUUGACUUCGUCAUGAGUUCAGUGCAGAAACUAGUGACAGACGAGGACGUCUUUCCAACAAAAUACGGCAAGGAAUUCCCAAACUCAUUUGAGUCCCUAGUGAAGAAGAUCUGCAAGUACCUGUUCCAUGUGCUGGCCCAUAUUUACUCCUCACACUUUAAGGAGACUUUGGCACUGGAGCUGCACGGACAUUUAAACACACUCUACACACACUUUAUCCUAUUCAUCAGGGAGUUCAACCUCGUGGACCCUAAAGAGACCACCAUCAUGGACGACCUUACAGAGGUCCUCUGCAGCAGCAGCGGGAGCAGCAGUAACGGGAGUGGCAACGGGAGCAGCAACAGCGCAGGAGCACAGAACCAUGUGAAAGAGAGAUGAGCCCUCCUGCAGGAUCAAAACUAACAUUAUAAACAAUAUUAUAUAUUCUGUGUGUAUGUAUAUGUUCAGAUAUACAUACAGACAUAUACAGCAAUGAAAGCUGAAAGAAUUAUGCUGCCACCACAGGACGCGUAGUCGUACGGGACUGUAUGGAGCUUUGGUUUAAUGCGCCACCUGGCGAGAAGUUGCACCAAUUUUAUUUUAUUUUCUGUCCACUCCUCCUUUUACCUAUUCAGAUGGAUGAUGAGUGCUGUUUUUAGAGAAGAGCCAAGCUUGAGAGUGGGGCCACUCUUGGGUUUUUUUGGGGUUUAUUUUGUUUGUUUCGUUGGUUGUUUUUUUGUUUUUCUUUCUUCGGUCUUGAGUGCAAGCCUUUUGUCUUUCUAGGAUGGUGGUCCUGCCAUUUAAAAAAAUAUCUAUUAUAUUAUAAGGAGUGACUUUUACUUUGAAGUGGCUUAAAACGCAGGUUUGUUUGGGUUUUUUUGUGGGGGGUGGGGGUGGUUUUUGUUGGUUUGAUUUUACAUAGACUGCCCCUUACCCUGCCAAAAACUCCCCAGUUGAGUGCAUCUUGCCCUUUUUUAGCUUGGAACAGGAAGAAACUCCUGGCUUGAGUAGCAACUCUAGGGGCUUGCUACAUGUUGAAAGUGGUCAUGAUUCUCCCAUUGUCCCAUCUCCUUGGUCACAACACAUGAACAUGCAAGAGGAUCCACAAGCCUUUCUGCUUAUUGCUCCUACAACAUACAUACUCUUUUCUCUGCUCCCCUGCCUCGUCUUUUCCCAGGCACACCUCUACAACUAAAAGAGUAAGAUCACUGGAGUCCCAAACCCAUGUGCAAGAGCCACCGCUACUUACUUCCCAUUGAAGAGAGGCUCGGGGAGAGGGGAGAAGGGUACAUUGAGUCAGUCACCGCCUGUGCUAGAAAGAUGGCUGUUGGCAUAAAAUUAUAUUGUUGGCUUAUUUUAGUUCAUCUGUUCUAUAAUAAUAAAAACAAAUCUAUCAGCCAUAA